GAAAUCGUCAUCGAAAAGAGGCGUAUUUUUGGCCCUUUGUGCAUCCUGUUCCUGUGACAAAACGCUCGAAAAUAAGUUCGUGUCCGUCCGAUUCAUGGUUUAAAAAUAGCCCCCCGAAACGUUGUUUAAAAUCCAGGUCUGAGCAAUUUGAAAUCAGUCCAGUUGAUCAGAUCUCGAGACGCCGAUCGUCACCCAUCAUGGUAUACGAAUCCGACUUCUACACGACCAGAAGGCCCUAUCGCCCUUCGUACUCGACGUACAGCGUAUCGUCCGCUCCAUCAAAGCAAGUAAGGAUUCUUCCCGGACUCGGUAAAGUUCAUGUGGUUCACACCUACGACCGAAUCGUACCAUAUGUGGGUCAUAAAAGAUUGACCGUGGUCACAUUACCACCAAAAAUUUACUCAACACGGUCAUCUGUACUACAAAGGGAGUAUGACUGGAUCGAAAAUAAAGUCCGGCCUUGGGUUGCCUAUUCACCAACAAAUCGUUAUCUUAAUUCUGACUCUGCUGUGAGAUACGUCUAUGUUCGCAAUCCAAUAACUGGCUUAAAGUAUCAUUCAGACUAUAAUCCGUCUCGAUAUUACAACUUUUAUCGAAUAAUUCGUCCGCUUUCGUCGUAUUACGACGAUUAUUGGCCAUUUUAUAGGCCUUUAAGUGCAUAUUACAGUUACUGGCCUAUUUCUCGUUCCGUUAGUUAUCUCGAUGAUUAUCCUCUUUAUCGUUCACUUAGAUUACAAAGUAAAUACGAUUCUGGGCUGUAUUAUCCUUAUUACCGGAACUAUUACAAUUAUUAUUAUCCUUAUUAUUCUGAUUACUAUUGGCCAGUUUGGAGAUAUAACAGGUACUGGGACACUUAUUAUUGGUCUCCAAAACGAUCACACUAUUGGCUCAAAUAUCUUCCUAUUUCUUAUAGUUUGAACAAUUUAGCACCCUUUUAUGCCAAAUAUUUUCAACGUAUAUUUGAUGAUGAAACGAGGCUGAUUCGAGCCCAGACGGCGUCUCUUCUCAAACAGGUCCAUCAACCGGUACCAAGAAUCAGAACCUGGCCCAUUACUCCCUUAAAUAGAUUCGGUGAUUUCCCGUCGUUGCCUAUGAAAUACAGCAACGACACGUACAUUCACAGACUCUUGACUUAUUCCCCAAAUCACAAAAUACAAUACGCCACAUAUUACACGGAACCCGUUAAAAAGUACAUCGGGACAGGUCAUCUAUCAUGUGUCUCGUACGCAGGGGACAAAAGCUACAGUCGUCGUCGUCCUUUGACCAUGUUUGAGGACGCACUCAGGAAUGAUAUCCAGUUGUUGAGUUAUUAUAUUACUAAAUUUCGAGAUGAGAAACAACAACCAAAAGAAAUUAAAGCUCCUUUAUCACCAGCUCGUCCUUCACGCAUCUUCUCAGUGCACAAACCAAUGGAAGAUCCCGUCGCUCAAGAAAUCAAAGAUUUGCGUGAAGCACGAGCACAACGACUUGCUAAAAUCUACGCAUCUGAUGAUAAUAAUAAAACAACAGAUGAAGUAGAAAAAAGUUUAAAAGAGAAGAAAAAGAAGGAAGAAGCGAGAUUAGCUGAAGAAAGAGCCCUUGCUGAAGAACAAGCAAAGAAAGAAGAAGCGGCUAGAAAAGCAGAAAUAGCUCGCCAAGAACAGCUUGCAGCUCAACUCGCCGCAGAACGUGCAGCAGAAUUAGAGAGGCAAGCAGAACAAGCACGUCAAGAAGAAUUAGCCAAACAAGCUGAAAUUGAACGAUUGAAGAAAGAAGAGGAAGAAAGAGCGCGUUUAGAGGAAGAAGAAGAACAAAGACGACGUGAAGAAGAAGCUAGAGCUGAAGAAGAACGCCAACAACUUCUGCGUUUGGAAGAAAUCGCCAGACAAGCCGAAGAAGAAAAAGAACGAGAAUUGGCGAGACAAGCCGAAGAAUUGGCCGAAUUGGCAAGACAAAAGGAGGAACAAGAACGUCUAGAAAGAGAAGAAAGGGAGAAAGAAGAAUUGGCGAGACAAGAAGCCGAAUUAGCCGAAUUGGAACGACAAGAGAAAGAGUUGGCCGAAUUGGCACGACAGGAAGCCGAGUUGGCAGCCCAAGCGCAAGAAGAAGCCGAAGCAGAAGCCAAAGAAGAAGAAAAGACUGAAGAACCGGUUGUUGAUGAACCGGAAAGUGAAAUUCAGGAAGGCGGCGAAGAACCGGCGGAAGCCGAGCCUGAAGUCCAAGCAGAAGAACCGGAAGCCGAACCUGAAGCCGAAGCAGAAGAAGAAACAGAAGAAUAAGUUUAAGAACCUUCUAAAAAUAAGUAAUACCCAUUCCAAAUUGUCGUGUCUUUGGCUCUGACAAUGGUUGUAGCUAAGUAAGCUUAAUGAUUGUCAUAGCAACGACACAAACUUGUUCAUUUUUGCUGCGCAACAGUGGUUAUAAUUCGUUGCUAGGUUCACUAAAGUUUGGAAUGGAUAAAAACAUAACAAAUUAUUCCUGUGGAAUUUUUCGGAUUGCUCCUUAAUCACACUUCUUUCACUUCCACUAUACUUAAAAAAAUUAUUCCAAUUUCUCUCGUUUCUUGCAACUAAAUAAAAACCAAUAAAAUAACUGUUGAUCCA